UCUUUUGUGUAUGGUUUCGUUACUCCUCUAUCAGUAAUGUUUGAGUAUUUAUGGCGAAGCAGAGUGUAGAAAUUAUAACCUGCCAUUUUAUGUGUAUUUCCGCUUGACUCGUUCGAAGGAAAGGACGAUCAGAAACCCUUCGCCAAGCACGUGUCCGAAACAGACUAGCUCAGCUGAGUUAAUUUCAUGAUACAUAACCCGUGUCAUAAAGGGAAUAGUCUUUUUCUUUGGAUAUAGAUCAUGAGAAAUCUUGAACUACUGAGGAGUUUUCCAGUGCUGGAGUUGGAAGGAACUGAGGACCCAUUUUGUUUGUCAGUGGAUUGUGAUUGUGGAGUUAUUUACACUGCAACAUCUACUCACAUAACAGGCGUCCAGCCCUCCACUCAUCAGGCUGUAAGUUCUGUUUCACUUGUAUCCGAUGGGUACCUGCCAGAAGAUGGUAGUGGCUGUGUUAUUGGAAUGCAGCACUUGCCAGACUUGGAAUCUGUAUGUGUGGCCACUGCAAAAGGAGAUGUAAUUCUUUGGAAUACAGUUACUGACCAGGUUGAAUGUGUUGGCAGUGUGGACAAUGGGCUCAGGUGUAUGGAAUGGAGUCCUGAUCAAGAGCUUGUGGUAUUCAUGACAGGAGAAGAAACUCUUAUCAUAAUGACAAAGGAUUUUGAUGCCAUUUGUGAGUUCCCUUUUCACUCAGAGGAGUUUGGUGAAGAAAAACCAAUCACAGUUGGUUGGGGAAAAAAAGAAACACAGUUCCAUGGGUCCCAAGGCAAACCAACAGCUGCUGAUGUACAGGAAGUUAUUGCCAAGCCUGCUGCAAGUUGGGAUGACAGGAAACCAAGAAUCAGCUGGCGUGGUGAUGGACAAUUUUUCGCAGCCAGUGCAAUCCAUCCUUUGACAGGUGCAAGGAAAUUGAGAGUGUGGAAUAGGGAAGGUGUACUUAGCUCUACAAGUGAAAAUGUUGAUGGAUUGGAACAGGUAUUAUUUUGGAGACCAUCAGGCAGCUUAAUAGCUUCAACCCAGCGCAAGCCUCAUAGACAUGAAGUGAUUUUCUUUGAGAGAAAUGGCCUCAGACAUGGAGAAUUUGUGCUUCCUUUUGGCAAGAUGGAAGUUCAGGUAUUGGAAAUAGCAUGGAAUAAUGACUCAUCAGUACUAGCUGUCUGGUCUGAAGAGUUACCAAGCACAGAACAGAUAGAAGAAUUUGUACCAAAGUCUUAUGUUCAGUUGUGGACAGUGAAUAAUUAUCACUGGUAUCUGAAGCAGCAGAUGGAAUUCCCAGCAUCUGCUAAACAUAGAGUGGCCUGUCUUUUAUGGGACCCAGAGGCUGCCCUAAGAAUGCACAUCAUGACGAGAGGAGGCCAGUACUUGAGUUAUGAGUGGUGUUGGAAUACAGUUCAUAGUGAAGGGGCUAGUGAACAAAACAUGUCCACUGUAGCAGUCAUUGAUGGAGCUAAGUUGUUGCUGACUCCAAUGAAACACAUGGUGGUUCCCCCUCCAAUGUCUGCCUAUGCCCUGGACCUGCCAUCCCCAGCGUCCACCAUCAGCUUUGCUCCACCCACACACUGUAGUGAUAUGGCAGUUAUGAUGUCCAAUGGCAAGAUGGCAAUCUUCAAAUUAUUGACAGAAAAUGGCGUAAAAGAAGUGUUCAGGGCACCUGGCAAAGCCCCAAACCUUGUUGGCAUUUACAGUAUAGACACCAAAGACUUUCCAACAGUAUGGACAGGAGCCUUGUGUUGGCGGCAGAUGAUUUGGUGGAAGGACUGCACCCUUAUCGCAGUUGGAUGGGAUACCAUGAGUCAGAAAGACAUUGUUUGUGAAUUAGAGAUCUCUGCAGAAGAUGGGGCUAAUAGCAUUGCUAUCAGGCGCACGACUGAAACCGACACGCCAGUCCUUCGUCUUUGUGCCCGUCGUCACACUGAGUCUGUAUUAGUGGAGCUCAUCAAUGGAAACUUACUUAGUUACACUUCAGAUUCAAGUCAGGCUAAAUUAUCACCAUGGUUUAACAGUCGAGGACUUGAAAUCUCUCUCCCUCAACCGUGCCAGUGUGUAAAAACAGCCUUAGUGGGAGAUGAGGAAGUCGUUCUGGGAUUGACUGAACACUCAAGGUUAUAUGCGAAUAACAAAGAGGUGGCUUCAAACUGCUCUUCCUUCGCUGUUCAUGAUGAAUUUCUUCUUCUAACAACGCAUGCGCACACGUUGCGUUGUAUAAGUCUUUUACCAACCACGCGAGGUUUGCCAGUUUUGAUUGAAGAUAAACCACAUCCUUUGGAUGAAAACAUAAGACGCGUCGAGAGAGGUUCACGGAUAGUGGUCGCUGUUAUUCAAGAUACGAAAGUUAUUUUGCAGAUGCCUCGUGGAAAUAUAGAGACUAUUCAUCCUCGAUCACUAGUUUUGUCGUACUUAAAGAAAUGUUUAGACAGUCUCAGCUAUGGAGAGGCCUUUACUGUAAUGCGCCGUCAUCGGAUCAAUCUUAACUUGAUACACGACCACAAUCCCAAGCUUUUCUUGGAAAAUUUGGAUAAAUUUGUGAGUCAUGUGGAAUCGGUAAAUUUUAUCAACCUAUUCCUCACGGAUCUUAAAGAGGAAGAUGUGACUACCACGAUGUAUUCUGAUUAUUAUUCUGAAUCAAAACAGACCCCUGUUGCGUCUCUGGGUGAUGAGUUAAGUAAAGUUGAUCGA